UGAUGCGUUCAGGCAACUCGCUCAUGACGGUAAACACUGCAGCCAACCAACUACUGUUGGUAAACGAGACUCCUAUAUGACAGACCGAUAUUGUGUUGUUGGAUUUCCCGACAUUCUAACUUUCAACACACAAUUUUCGACUGAACCUGGUGAAGAACAAAAGGCUACAAAUCUCGGCAAUGUCACCGCGAGCUAAGAUGAAUGUGCAAACCUUCCCCCGGCCGCCCUUGUUGGAGAAAAUCUCGCGCCAUUUGCAAAUUGUAUGGAACGACCAAGUGAUUGCAGAUACUCGAAAUGCCUAUAGGGUACUGGAAACGCAUCAUCCGCCUACAUAUUACCUACCACCGGAUUCAAUCAAAAUCCCGCUGACCCCGACGCGUCGGAGCACGUAUUGCGAGUGGAAAGGUGUCGCAACAUACUACUCCAUUACGGCCCCAGGGUCGUCAUCUACCGGGAGGUCAGCUGAUGUGUCAAACCGCAUCUGGUCCUACGAGUCUCCCACGUCGGGCUUUGAAGCGAUCGCGGGUUAUUUUUCCUUCUAUGCUGGUCCGUGGAACUGCUUUGUUGAUGGCGAGGCCGUCCAGCCGCAGCCCGGCGAUUUUUAUGGCGGCUGGGUGACGUCGGAGGUCGAAGGCAUUGUCAAAGGGGCUCAUGGUAACUGGGAUCCUGUUGUGUGAAGGAUAUUUGGUCUCGGGGUCAGACAAGACAAGACUUUGAGCAGCUGCCGAGGUGCGGCGGGUGCAAGAACUGGCGUUGAUAGGCGUUGUUUGAAACAACUGACAGAAGUCAACGUGUACUGUACUAUAGGGACGCAAGUCCAAGUCGCCCUCAUCGCCAUACUAUGUGCAGGACAGGCUCCGUUCUUGUCCAGAAACCUCCGAGGUAGAUGGCUUGGCAAUGCACAUUAUCCAGUGGCUGGUUCCUUGGUCGAGU